AUGCAAUACAGGUUAAAGUAAUCAAUAUUUGGUGAGUAAAAUAAUUUGAAUACAUUUGAUCAUUGCAUGAUGAAUCUGGAAUAUCAUAAUCUUGAUAGGGUUUUUAUUAAAAACAGAAGCUUAAAUUAGGAAAUAAGGGAAGAAGCCAAGUAAGAAGAAGGUGAUAAUCAAUCUGAGUGGAAAGAUUUAUCAUCGGAAUUUAAGUAAUACCUGGGGUCUUUAGUUGAAAAAGCAUAUGAUGAAAAAUUUCAUUCUUAUAAAUCUGCACUUCUCAAGAUUUAUACAUCUAAAAAGCAUAAAGACUUAAUAGGCAUUAUCCAAAAAUGCUGA